ACUCUCAAAUUCAGUUGUUCAAACUCGAAGAACUCUACUUCGGCGGUUUCAUUCGGCCGAGAUAGCAUGUCGGCCACGAUUUUGUCUUUCCCUUUCCGAUGCUCUAUGUUGAAGUCGAAUGCCUGUAACGCUAACGACCACCGCGCCAGCCUCCCGUUCAAGUCCUUGAGCGUCAUAAGCCAUUGCAGGCUUGCAUGGUCGGUAACGAUCGUGAACGGCAUCAACUCCACAUAGGGCCGGAAUCUUUCUACGGCUUUUACUGCUGCGAGACACUCUUUUUCCGUUACGCUGUAAUUGAGUUGUGCUCCUCUCAGCUUCGCCGAAAAGAAUGCUAUUGGCCGGUCCGAUCCUUCUACGUCUUGCUGGUAUAAUACUGCCCCAAUUCCUACAUGGCUGGCGUCACACUGUAUCCAGAAGUGUUUUCCAAAGUCUGGAUGAGGUAAUACCGGCGCACAGGCAGUCCGUGAGCGGCGCACUUACACCGGAGAAAUUUUGGAUGAAUCUGCGAUAACAGCCUGCGGUUCCUAAGAAGCUGCGUAGUUGUCGCGUAUUUUUGGGCACCUCUAUCUUCAUAAUCGCCUCAAUUUUCUUCGGAUCCGUCCGCAAGGCCCCAUCACCGAUUAUGAAUCCCAAAUAUCCAACAUGCAGUGUUCUUCGAAAGUCUUGGAUAUCAUCAGCAAGUCAUCCAAGUAUACAAAGACGCGGCUGCGAAGACCCUGUGGGAUUAACUUGUCCAUUACCCUACACAACCUUUGAGCCGAAUUACAUAAUCCGAAUGGCAUCCGUCGAAACUGAUAAAGUGGCCUUCCAGAACGCAUGUUUCAAAUCGAUACUGCUGAUGAAAAUCGUCUCAUCCACCCGGCUUAAAAUCGACUCAAUGUUCUGUAGCGGGUUUCUGUACCAGCGUCGUUCGGUUGUUCCAGGGACUUUCACUUAACUCGAUGACUCCUAACCGUAGCAUUUCAUCGACUUCUGCGAAUAGCAGUUGUUGUUUCGCCGGAGACACGGGAAAGAAUCUCUCCUUGACGGGUACAGCUCCUUCAACUAACUGGAUCGAGUGUUCUUCUACCUUG